AUGCUCCCUCGCCUUUUGUGCCAUAACAGCUCCCCCGACUCGGACCAGACUUCUGUCGGUGAUGUUUUGGACCUCACAGAUGACAGGGAUGAAGGAGAUGAUGGGGAUGAUGGGGAUGAUGGAGAUGUUGGGGAUGAUGGGGAUGAUGGAGAUGUUGGGGAUGAAGGAGAUGAUGGGGAUGAAGAAGAUGAUGGGGAUGAAGGAGAUGAAUGGAAUGCAGAGGAUACAGAGCGGGCAGAUAAGACUCUUCGACAGGUCAUAGACCUAUUCUGCAAUAUUAUUGCAUCAGGCUCUGAAGUCCUUACUAUCGCAUCUUCCAAUGUCUUUUAUGACAUGUUUGCUGCUACACAGAACAGCAGUCAAAUGGAGCUGGAUGGCAUGAGCGAUGACAAGCCCAUUCACCUUGAAGGAAUAUCCCAGGGACAUCUUUGA